CACCACAGUUGCUAAUUGGGAGCAGCUUUCUGAUUAUUUCUGAUAAAUACACGUGACAUUGUUUUUGGGCUUUGGAAAGUGUGCUGUCAGCUCUCUGUAAUGAAUAGCUUUUCCCCAGGCCUUUUAAACGAGUGAUGAAACCCCUUGUGCUUUUAUGGAUGUUCUGGACAACUUUUCUUGCAAGGAAAGGACUUGAGGGCAUGGCAGUGUGACUGCAGUAGUGUUUUGUUGUGAUGUCUUGGAGAGCUACAGUGAAGAGGAGGUUCUUGGAGUUGGUCUGACCCUAUGUAAUGCAUAUAUACUUCUGAGAUGUGUGCAGAUGCUGCAGGUAUAAAGCAAUAUGGUUUUAGCUAACCAGACUGUAAUGAAUGAAUGAAUGAAGUGCCUCUAUUCUAUUCUCAUUCAGUUAGUGGCAGAGAAUACUUCAUAUUUCUUCAUAUACACAAGUAGCUCAAUGUUUACAUCAAUAAUCAAUACAGCUGAUUAUUUGAUUUUUCUGUUGGGCUGUUGUAUUUGAGUAACAAUUAAAUGAACAGCUAUGAUUUUUAUUCUACUAUCAGUAUCAGUUUUGCAGUUUGUAACAUUUUUGUCCUUUGUACACACGGUGGUUGUGACAUUUCAUUUUGUUAUGCAAAGUUUCAGGUUGAGAAGCCUGUAUGUAUGAGUAAGCCCUCGCUUUGCAAUACGCGGCCAUAUUAUUUGUUGUCGUAUGUACUGCAGGGUGCAGUCGUAUUUAAGAAUUCUGUUGAAUUUCAGAAAAUUCAGGUAAUCACUAUUUAAAAGAUGGAAUAUGAAAAAUCUGAAAACUUACUGAUUUUGCUUAAAUAAGGGACUAGAUGUUGCUGCAGAAAAAUAGCAAGGCUUUCAUUUUUUUGUUUUAUUUAUAGCAAAGAACCUCCCUCAUUUCAGUUGAGAUAAAAAAGAAAUGCAUGCAAGUUACAAAAUCAGUGCAAAAAGAGCAUGCAUAUUUAGCAGACUUAACAUGAAGCAAUUAAAGUUAUAAGAUUCAGAAUAUGAAUUUAAUGAGUUCAUCAUGUACCAUAAUCUUUUGUUCUGGAGCUCAGUGAAGUGUGUAAUCAAUGGAGGAGUCGUUGUAAAGAGAGUUAAAGUCGGGUGAUAAGGGACAUGUUUUCAAAAAGAUGUCUGAAGGGGCAUCACAUCUACUGUGCCUCUUAUCUGGAAGAACAGCAAAAGGGGAAAAGGUCUUUUGAUGUAGACGGAUCCAAGACCAACUCAACCUGUUCUUAGAGGCACAGCCUGUAACUCCGGUACAGACACUAAUAGGAUUAGCUUCAGAGCUGGGACUAGAGACAAGUUUUGAGGUUUUUAUGUUUAGGAAUAAUUUAUUCCGAAUGGCUUAUCUCGUUAAUGUUUAAAACGAUCUUUGAAGUUUGAGCGGAAAGGUUUUGAAAUGGAACUCUUCUGCCACCAGCUGAGUUCUUGUCAGCGCAUUCCCCGUCUUCUCAGAUUUGCAGAUGUGAGUGCAGAUUUCAUGCCACUCUGGCUAAAUUUAGUGAAGAGCUGAAAUGUGCCAGCUCACGUUACUGAAAAUGCAAUCCAGAUCUUCUAGGAUAAAUCAUUUUGUAAGAAUUUUUUUUAAGAAAAAUUAAAGGAAAAAGCUUAUUCUUGGUAUGAAACUUUCAGUGAUAGUAAAUUCUGUUCUGCUGUAACUGGACUGUUUUCCAUCCAUCUGUUUGCUGUUUGGAAUUACUGCUGCACCCACUGUGCCCAGCCUCCACUCUGAGGGAAACAGCCCCAAUUAUUAAUGAGAAAACGGUAUGACUCCUAAAAUGAACUGCACAUCAUCCUGCCCUUGCCCAGGGUUUAGCAGCUGCCGAAUAGUGGUGCUUGGACAGUGAAGCGGGGAGAACGGCAGCCGGCUCUGGGCUGAGAAGCACAUUGGUGCUUUAGGUUGUAAGGUGCUCAGCAUUCAGAGCCUUUAGCAACAUCGUAUCCCAAGAGGAAGCUUUCGUAACCUUACACCUCUGUCUGAGGGAGGGUAAUGGGGAAAAAUGUUCCCAAGAGCCAUGUUUCGGGGAAGCAUGUUCUAGUACGGCAUCAUUAUCGGGGGGAAAGAAAGGCUUAACGUCAUAUCCCAUGGAAGAUCCUGCCGGCCUCGAAACCUGGGAGGUCAGCAGGAGCAUGCGGCCUGGGAGGAGGGAGAGGGGGGCACCCACGGAAACAGCACUGUGAUCCGCAGAGCCCUCCCCUGCCAUUUUUUUUUACCAAUGGCUCUCCAGGCCACUUGUGAUUGGUUGGAUUUCUCUUCUGCCACUUCAAGCAUGAAAAAAAGAAAAGUGCAGGACCUGCCCUUCCAGCCUAAGAAAGAGUGGCUGCACAUGAACAAACUGGAGCCGGAAAAGCUGGAGUGGAUGAGGGACCAGCCGGCGCCCAGGAAGCGGAGCACCAGGAAGGCCAUGCAGGCGCGCUUCGAUUUCGACGGGGCCCUGAUCCCUCCGACAGAAGACCUGCCUACACACCUCGGUCUGCAUCACCAUGGAGACGAGCCGGAGCUGGCCGGCUACUCGCUGCAGGAGCUCUUCCUCCUCUGUCGCAGUCAGGUGGUCCAGCAGCGCAGCCUGGCGCUCACCACUCUUGCCCACAUCAUUGCCAAGGCUCGUGCUGGUGACUUUGCCUGCUCCGUAAGGGGCAGUGUGCUGUCCACACUGUUGGAUGCGGGCCUGGUUUUCCUGCUGCGGUUUGCCCUGGACGACAGUGUGGAGGGAGUCAUGGCAGCGGCGGUUCACGCCCUCCGGAGCCUGCUGGUGUCCCCCGAAGACGAGGAGUCUCUUGACAGCACGUUCUCAUGGUACCUCGGAAUGUCUGCGUUUCCGCUGCUGCCCUUUUCCCAGGAAGAGGAAGAUGAGGAAGAUGUGGACUUGGAGGACACCCCAAAGGAGACGGCUAAAAAGAAGGAGGAGGAGAAGCCCGACCACGACGUGGCACAGGCCGACAUUGUGAAGGGCCUGCUGAAGAUGAAGCUGUUGCCCAGGCUCCGGUACAUCCUGGAGGUGGUGCGGCCGCCCCCUCGCACAGUCCUCCAUGUCCUGGAGAUCCUCAUCCGAAUUGCCCGCCACUCCCCUGCUUCCGCCACCCAGGUGCUGGAGUGUCCUCGCCUGAUGGAGACGGUGAUGUCACACUUCCUGCCCUGCUCCUGGACCCCACAUGACCCCCCUACCUGCCUGCACGGACUGCCUGUCCCGGCGGCCAUGAAGCUCCUGCGCGUGCUGGCCGGCGCUGGGAGACACGCCUGUGCCCGGCUGCUGAACAACCUGGGCGGACGGGAGCGCCUGUCCCGUUUUGUGGCUGUGGAGCCCUGCGAACUGCCGCUGGCGCCGGGAGAAGCCCUGCGGAUUGCCACGGAGGCACUGAGGCUGUGGGCCGUGGCCACUGGCUAUGGACAGGCCUGCGACCUGUACAGAGACCUCUAUCCCAUCCUGGUGAAGGCCCUGCAGUCAGUCCCCAGAGCGUGGCCCCCGACGGACCCUCUCUGGCCCCUGGAGCUGCAGCGGGCGCAGGCUCUGGUAACACUGCUGACCCAUGUGACCCACACAGCCGGCUGCCAUCAGGAGCUGCAGGCUGCCCUGGCCAGCUCAGAAGAGUCCGAGUGCCCUCCCCCUCCCGUUGUGGACUGGAGUCAUGUGACUGGCCUGCAGCGCCCCCUCUUGGCCUCAUUGAAAGGCUGCAUAAAGACAUUAGGAGACCCCAGUCAGAGGGAGAGCUCAGUGAGCUUGUUGGCGUCUCUUCUCCUGUACCUGGGGACCUAUUACUCCCAGCUUCACCUUCAGAACUCCUUCCGGCCCGUGGAGUGUCUGCAGGAGCUGGAGGCACUCGCCUCGGAUGUCCUGCUCCCGCUGCUCUCCCAUCAGGCUGUGCGCGGCUUGAUCGAUAGGCUCCGGUCCUGCUCAGCUCUGUGUAACCCACUGUCCUGUUGCCCGAGCACAGAGGCAGUGGCCAGCCUGCCCAGGUUCGGGUCUUCUGGAGGAAGGCCUGCUCUCAGCCUGGCCAGUUCCAGCUCUCCGCUUCCCUUCUUCACCGCCCUUUGUUAUCUGCUGGAAGCUGUCACCAGAAUACACAAGGGGAUCGUCCACAAGUUCUCCAGCUUGCUCCUCUCCGACCUGAUGUCUGGCUACCUGCGGGCCUGCUGCGAGGCCUCACCCACCCUGACCCCCUCCAGCGCCUGGCUGUUACGCCAUGAGCACCACCUGCUGUACCUGCUUCUGAAGCUGGCGCACAGGCUGAUGCCCGCCAGCCCGGAGGUAGCCAAGCAGGCCAGCCUGUACCACCAGGCUGCCCUCUCCCUGCUGCCCCGGCUGCUGCCUGGCAGCGAACACAUGGCUCACGACCUCUUCUCCUCCAUCAUCUUUAACUCGGACUUUAUGCCGGAAGGGCGCUGUGGAGGACCUGAAGCAGCAGAUUUAUCUGACCUGCAGCUUAAGGAGGGCUGCUGUCCCUCCCAGCCUCCACUGGGCCCUCUGCUGCGGGACGCUUGUGCCCAUCUCCCUUCCCUGCGUGGCUGCUACCUCACCCACCUGGCCUACAUGGAGCCAGCGGUUCUCCGCUCCCGGGACUUGCACCUGGGCCGGACCCCUUACGUUUACUCCUGCUUCCUCUCCGAAGCCUCGGGGCCCGCUCUGCCCGCCGACUGGCCGUUCCUGCCGCUGGUCAGCCUGUACGAGCGUGUGGGUGUGCCGGGCGGGGGAGACGUGCGUGUGGAGUCCCUCCCACCGGCCUCACUGGAGUCCGUCACGCACUGCCUGCAGUGGCUGCUGCUCCUGGAGAGCUGGCGGGAGAGCUCUCUGGCGGCGGUCCUGCCAGCGGCUAAGCUGGCUCGCCUUUCCUGCCUCUUCCUCUGCUCCAGCGAUCUCUUCCUUGAGCGCCCUGUACAGCGGCUGACAUGGGCACUCCUGCGGACCCUUUGCCACCCGCGCCGGGUUGCUGCGUUGGAUCUGGCAGUGCCACCGCCGGGCCUGGCCUCCUUCCAUGACCUGUACUCCGCGUUGCUCUCCCAGUUUGAGGCAGUGUCCUUCGGCGACCCGCUGUUCGGCUGCUUCAUCCUACUGCCCCUGCAGCGGCGCUUUAGCGCCACCAUGCGGCUGGCGGUGUUCGGGGAGCAUGUGGGGCUGCUGCGUUCCCUAGGGGUGCAGCUGCAGCAGCUUCCGGUCCCCCUGGAGGCAUUCACCUCCCCCCCAGAGGAUUCCCUCCCCCUGUUGCAGCUGUACUUCCGCUCCCUGGUGACGGGGGCCCUGCGGCGGUCCUGGUGUCCCGUACUCUACGUGGUGGCCCUGGUCCACCUUAACUCCUUCAUCUUCUCCCAGGAACCGGUGUCACAGGAAGUGGAGGCGGCACGGCAGAGUUUGCUACGGAAGACAUAUUACCUGACAGAUGAGGUUCUGAAGAACCAUCUGCUUCUCUUCAAACUGCCCUCUCAGCAGGAUGAGCUUGGCUUCCAGAUGUACGACUGCCUGCCUCCUACCCGUGCCCGGAGGCUGGAGAGCGUGCUGGGCAUGGGAAAGGGUGAGGGGGCUCACCAAGGAUGCGACAGUGUCCCGUGAUGCCCCUGCCCCAAGCCCUCGCAUCUCAUAAGGGACGAAUUGUUGGACUCUUGGUCAAGAAGCAAUCAGUGACCUCUGCAGACUUGAAGGUUUUAUAGUGUUAACCCAAGCUACCAAACAGGAAUAAAUACGUUUUUUUUUGGACAUUU